AUGGUGGCGGUAGGUAGAGGAAGGAGUCCGUCGAACAGCGAGAAGGUCUGUGGUUCAACUACAGACGUCGGCGACGACUCGAACGAAUGCACCGUCGAUUUGACGGAGACAGGAAUGAAUUCAGCCACAGCAUCGUCAGGCCCCUCUACUCCUUUGACCCCCGUCGUCGCCACCGUCACGUCGUCGGACCAGAAGGGUCCAGAGGUGUCAGCAACUUCCACAACAGCUGUCUCUGUGGAAAUGGACGACGCGCAUCGGCGGCAAGUAGUCAUCGGAACCUUAGAGUAUCCGUUUGACUUCGCGCACCCUGCUCUUGUGCAGUUGCUCAGCGCCUCGCAGAGUUUCACCAUUUGGUUUCAGCGCGAACUGAACAAGCCGGAAGUACCGAAGAAAGGGUAA